AUGGCAAAUAAUGAUAGCUUUUAUCACGAUCAUGGUGCACUGGAUGCAAUCCCACUAAGGUUUAGUGACAAGUUUAAACCACCACCAAAGGUUACGCUACCGUUCGGAUGGAAAUUAAGUAAACCACCAGCAGAUCUACUCGAAUCUAAACAUGAUUUUACUUUAGAAAAUUCCGUAUUAGCCUCAUUACGUCAAAAAAGAAAUGCAACCGUUUCAGCAGAUAAUGUAGUUGAUAUCGAUGAUUCUUGCAAUACUUACGAAAAUUCUCAGCUUUCGUCUAAUGCCGUCGUCUCUGACAACAAUCAUGUAAUACCUCCGUCCAAUCUGCCUCUGGUGCCGCCGAUGAGCAAUGAUAUUUUACAACCUGUCGAUGUUUCAAAACAAACUACCGUUAAUAAUACUACUAAUGAUGAAACACAGAGGAAUACUUCCAGUUGGGCUGAAUUUGAAUUGGACAAUUCUAGCCCUUUUGAAUUAGUUGAAUUGCAAUCCAUAAAUGAUAUGGAUGCGCUCAAGACCGUUUUGUUACCAGAUUCUACACAUGUACGCGCUAGUCAGUCCUUAUCUAAGGAUAGCAAUAUUUCCAAGAUAUCUCAAGCUUCUAUUUCUUCAGAAUCUACUAAUGGAAUUUGGCUUUCACAAUCAGGAAACGAUAACAUUUCGGAAAGAACUACUAGCCAAUAUGAAGGUAUUAUAGUACUUUCAGUGUCAGAAAGUAGCAAGUCAACGGACACCCUAACUGCAGCGGGUGUCACCAGUAAUGCUGGUAAUUUUCAAAAUUCGUGCACAAAUAGCUUAGUUACUCACCCGCCAACCCCUAACACAACUUCAGAUAAUCUUUACUAUAAGUCAACAAACAUGACUAGUACUAUGCCUAAUAUCAGCAGUGGUUCUAUUCACUUAGACAACAGUCGUAAUCAUCAAACGAUGCCAGACAACGUACAAUUUUCUAAGCAACCAUUAGUUUCUAACGUCGGGCAAGAGGAUUGGUCUCGUAAUGUUCAACUCGGUCACUCAGGAAAUGGCUUAAAUGACUUAAUGGUACGUUCAGGAGCCAACUCUACUCAAAGAAAUCAUCAAGGUGUCAUCAAUUUAAAUAUAGGCAAUGAUAAGCAAAAUUCAUCAACCAAUCGUCACAUAUUCCAAUCUUUUCCGACAUCACGCUUUGACAACCAAUCAAAUACACAGUUACCCCGCGCUAACAGUUUACAUAAUGAAGACCUAGUAAGACAUUGCACUAAUGCCGGUAAUUCAGCGGCUGCUGUUAAUAUUAACCAAUUUAAUUUACCGAAAAAGUGCGGACCCUCUAUAAGUAAUGAACUCGGAUCAAAACCUACUGAUUUUGGAAUAAAAACAAGUGAUCACAAUGUACGAUCAUUGCAGCAAACUCUAAGAGAACGAUCUUCCAGUUACCCAAAUCCAAAUGAAAAUGAUAUACGUUUACAAGAAAAGAGCUACUCACCUACCGAUAGCGGUAUAGUUAAAGACAUGAGUCCACCAAUAAAGGAUCUUACUGCGCCACAGCAAGCUUUAAUUAGUGUUAUGGUGGAUAUGGGAUUUCCAACGAAUCGAGCUGCUAAAGCUGCUAUAAAAUACGGCGACGAUAGCAAAAAGGUUCUUGACCACUUGAUACGAGUUGAAAAUUUUUGUGAAAAAGGUUAUUGUGGGUCUAGUUGUGAAAUCGCUAUCAAUGAAUAUGGUACUGAUGACGAAAAGGUCAUUACCUUUUUAAAACUAGAAAAACAACUUCAAGAACUUGGCUUCAAUAAUGAAAAAAUUCGUACCUCGUUGAUUAAAUGUGAUUUAGAUAGUGACAAAGCUGUCGAUUUAUUAACAUCAUAA